AUUAACUACGUGUAAUUAUAAUGAUCGAUUUAGUAAGCAUUAUAACAACAGGAGGUGUCAUUCUUUUUUACAAAGUAAGACGAUUAUUGAAUAAGUAUAGGCUCUUUGCUAAAUAAAAGAAGAUGUUUUGGGAAAAGUGAUUGAUGGAUGUUUGCAAUAAAAAACUUAAAUACAAUUAGGAUCAAUGAAGGUUUAAUGGAUAGUUUUGAAUGAAUUAGGAUUGAUAUUUAUCGUUUCUUAUUAAGAAAUCUUUUUCAUCCAAUAUAUCGAUGUAUUAUUGAAAAUGUUGUAAAGUUAAUUCAAACAAAUAUAUAAUCCAGCAAUAAAAUAGAAAGGAAUUUAUAAGUAAAUAUAUAUUAAAAACAAUAGAUCAAUACCAGAUUUUGAUGCUGGUUUUGAGGAAGUAAUGAAAAUGUGGUAAUUGUAUUGUGAUAAGAGAAGUGAAAAAGAAAAAGAAGGAACAACAAAAACAUAUGAAUAAUAAGAAUAAUUUUAAACAUUUGAACCAAAAGUUGAAACAGGUAAUACGCCAACUGAUGAUUAAAAUGAAUUACCAUAAAAAUUGAGCAAAUCUGAAAUAAUUAAAAUGAAGAUGUAAUAAAAAUAAGGAACACGAUCUCCAAAAGAUGGAGCUAAAUCUCCUUAAGAUGGAGCAAAAUCACCUGUUGAUAGUAGAUCACCAAAAUAAUCAGUUAUUAUGAAUACAAAUAUAACUAAGAAAUAGAUUGAAUCUUUGGAUUUUACAAAUAAAGCAUAAAGUUAAGCCUAAGUUAAUUCUAAUGAUAAAUAUAUGACUUAAGAAUAAGAAGAGGAUUUAUUAAAAUAAUUUGUAGGAGAUGAUGAUCCUUUAUUUGGUUCAGAUGAUGAAAAUCCUAAACAAUAAAAAAAACAAGGAUUAUUUUCAAAAUUGACAGGAAAGAUUUAGAAUCUUACAGGAAAUAAAUAAUUAACUGAAGAAGAUUUACAACCAGUUUUAGAUGAUUUUAAAAAUGCUUUAAUGUAAAAAAAUGUAGCAGAAGAAAUAGCAUAAAAACUAGUUGAUUCAAUUAAAACUAAUUUGUUAGCUACAAAAACAAAGGCAUUUUAAUCAAUAAGAACUUCAGUCUAAGAAGCUAUGAAAUCAACUUUAACUAGAAUUUUGACUCCAAAUAGGCACAUUGAUGUAAUAGCAGAAGCUUUAAGAGCAAAGGAGAAGCAAAAACCUUAUGUAAUAGUGAUUAUAGGAGUUAAUGGUGUAGGAAAAUCAACUACUCUUGCAAAAUUAGGAUAUCUAUUUAAAAGUUAAGGAUUCUCAUUGUUAAUUGCAGCAUGUGAUAAUUUUAGGGCUGGAGCUGUAGAAUAAUUAAAAACUCAUGGAUAAUGUCUAGGAAUUCCAGUUUAUGAUAGAGGUUAUAAAGAUGAUCCUCCUGAAAUUGCUUAUUAAGCAAUUAGAGAAGCAACAAUAAAGAAAAUUGAUGUUGUUUUAGUUGAUACAGCUGGAAGAAUGCAACAUAAUGAACCAUUAAUGAGAGCAUUAUCAAGAAUAGUCACUAUGAAUAAUCCUGAUCUUGUAUUAUUUGUAGGAGAAGCAUUAGUUGGUAAUGAUGGAGUAGAUUAAUUGGUCAAUUUUAAUAAGGCUUUGAUUGUAAAUAGUCCAAAGGAUAAUAUUAGAGAAAUUGAUGCCAUCAUCUUGAGUAAGUUCGAUACUGUUGAUGAAAAAGGUAUAUGAUAUAUCUUAUGUUUUUUAGUUGGUGCAGCUUUAUCUUUAACAUCUGCCACAGGUAAACCAAUUCUUUUUGUUGGAGUUGGAUAAAAAUACACACAUUUGAAAAAAUUAAAUGUGAAUACCGUUGUGAGAGCACUAUUGCAAUGAAAAACUAUAAACAAUUAUAUCA